AAAAGAGGAAGAAGAAGAAGAGCAAUAAGAAGAGUUAGUUGAUCAUCAGGUAACGAUGGCUUGUUUCCGUGGCAACUGGGAUGAAUUUUAUGGCGAAGUCCUCCUAUUGGACGAGAGGAAGAUGACACUGACGGCCGAGCAAGGCAUCAAGAAAUCUUCCAAGGUGGCGGCCAUCUUGCGUCAGGUGUUUUCUCAACUGGACGUGACUGAAGUCGAGUUCUUUGGUUUGAGGUUCUGUGACAACAAACAGCAGACGCACUGGUUGGAUCCAUUAAAAACUCUUUCACAACAUCGAAACCUCGUUGGGCCGCCGUACAUUUUCUAUUUUGGUGUCAAGUUUUAUGUUGAGGAUCCGUCCAAACUGAAGGAGGAAACUACACGGUAUCAGUUUUACCUGCAGGUCCGUCAGGACCUCCGUCAGGGUGGUCUGCGGUGUCCCCCCCACCUCAAACCUCGACUCUCCGCUCUGAUGCUGCAGGCCGAGCGAGGAGACCAAAAGGAGGCGGAGCCUUCAGACUCGGAGGAGAAGCAGGAAGUACAACACAUGUACACGUCACUCAGCGGUGUCUCUCGUCCUCAGGCCCAGCGUCUCUUCCUGUCUCUCUGCAGCUCUCUGCAGAUGUUCGGAGUCUCUCUGUUCGCCGCCUACGGUGAGAACCAAACGGAGUACUUCCUGGGUCCGACUCCAGUGGGCGUGGUCAUCUACAAGAACAAAGUGCUGGUGGGAAAAUAUUUCUGGCAGAGAAUCAACAAACUUCACUUUAAAGACGAAACAUUUGAGCUCAGAAUCGUUGGAAGGAAUGGUUCGGAGACGUCGUUCUACUUUCAGACGCUGCAUCGAUCCGACUGCAAGCGACUCUGGAGAAGUUGUGUUGAACAUCACGUCUUCUUCAGGAUGUCGAACCCGUCUACGUACAAACUGAAACACAACAGUAGUUUUGCUCGUUCGCCCACUCGGACUCUUCCUCGGCUGAGCGUUGGCCUGCUGAGAAACAAGACAACAACAACAACAACAACAAAUGACCAGAUACCAAAACUUCACACCAAUCAGAUCGCAGGAGUCCACAGUGAACCAAUGGCGACGAAGGCAGUGCCACCUGUUGUUCAGAGGUCAGACGGCUGCGCGGAGCAGGAUCACGUGAAGCCCAGUGCACCAUGGGAAAACAGCGGCCCUCAGAGUGGCCUCUUCAACCCAAAGUUUCCUCCAAACACCAAAGAAGAAAAAGAAGAAUCUGAAGGAAGAUCUCAGAGGCGGAGCAGAAGUCUGGACGGAGAUCGACCAAUCAGAGAGCGGGGCAGGAGGUCUCGUUCCCGUGGCAACACAAGCAGCGGUAGCGAAUCCCAGAACACAGCGAGUAAAGACGAACGACGCAGAAGAAGAAAAAAGCCCCGCAAUCGCCAUGGCGACCGGAGGUGUGAAUCCAGAUCACGGAGUCCCGACUCUCUGACAUGGAAACACAUCCAGAAGCAGCUGACGGAGCCCGAUGGUUUGAUUGACAGAGAAACGGAGGAAAUACCUUAUAAGGAAGUGAGAGUCUCGGGGGAGCCAAUCAGAACGCGUCGUUCUCCAAGGGGGCGGCAACAUCGCCAGUGGGCGUCGGCUUCAGACCUCCAUUCCAAGAUGGACCUGGUUCCUCCUCUUCCUGUUACUAAGGCAACCGACACCUCCUUUCGAUUACCCACAAGUCCUUGAGGCAGCAGUCGACUCUAACUCUAGUUAAAAUAAAAUUCUAGCUGCUGCUGAAGAAAACAACUCCUUUACCUGAUAUUCAUUGUAAAAAUGUGCUUUAUUUCCUCAGAAGAUGAUACAAUGUAAUAUAACGUA